UAAAGAUCAGUCGGGAGUGCUCGACUAGAGGCUACUCUGUCAUAUGGCUGUGCUUCGGUCUUUUCCAGCUCAAUUUUUUGGUAAAAACAUUCUAGAAUAACUCAAGUAUUCUUAAUCGUAUCUCAAUGAAACUUUCCAGUCAUAAAUAUAUGAUCAAAUUGAAUAUACUUAUAUCCCAAGGCGCAAGGCGCUCACCCUUUACAAUUUCUGGGGGUACGGGGUGAGGUAUUCAAAAAGUGAAAUAUUCCAAAUUUGUAGAUACUAUACACGCAACUACAUACCAAGUUUGGCGUCUCUAGCUCUAAUAAUCCUCGUGUUAUGCUUAAAAUAUGAUUUCUCUAAAUCGAUAUUUAUCGAUAUAAAUUUAAAAUGGAAGCAGUUAUCGAUGUCAGCUCGUUGUUCUGCACAAGCAUAUGUAUAUAUUAUGUUUUGGCAGUUGCAUUCUUCUGCCUGUUACAUAAAGCUGCACGAAAUCAUGAUACCCUUGCUCAACAUUCACAGGGUAUAGCCAUAUAUGUCAUAUUUUAGCGAGCACGCAGUCAAUAUAUCUCGUUCGAACUGAGCUUUUAUGGUGCUCCAAGCUCUCAGCUUGCAACUGAAUCUAUGUGCAGCAGGUGGCAGAUGGGCAGGUGGGCAGGUGUGGAAGUGGGUGGUGGAAGGUGGAAGGUCUGUGUAGUCUGGCGUUUAAAUUGUUAACUGAAAACUGGCACCUGUUGAGGCGGGCACGCGCUGCCCUCAUCGAGGCAUUCAGCGUUGAGUGUCUUUUAAUUGCCAGCUGUUGACAGGCAGCACCUCCCCCCGCCCCUUCACCGAGCCCUUGUCGCCAGAUUGGACCAUCGGCGAGAAGGGGGGGGAAGAGGCCCGGUUGUGAUUAAUGAGUCGAACCGGACUAUGGCAGAGCAAUUAGAAUACAAUUAGCAGGGAAUGUGGCCACUAAUGAGCGCACUUUUGCAGAGACGCCAGCACAAACAACAUGCCCAGGCCCAGGCCCAGGCUCAGGCCAAGGCUCGCGUCCAGGCGAAGGAAACCGAGCUGGAGUCGGAGCAGGACUUGGCGCCGGCGUUUCGCGUGGCGCACUCGGAACUGUUUGGACGCUAUUUGGUGGCGAAUCGCCAGCUGGCGGCGGGCGAGCUGCUCAUCACCGAGCAGCCGCUGGCCAUUGGGCCCUGCGUCAGCUGUGAGCCCGUCUGCCUGGGCUGCUAUCGUCCCGUCCAGCUGACGGCGCAGCAAUAUCGCUGUGCCGGCUGCGGCUGGCCGCUGUGCGGCGCCAGCUGCCGGGGAAUGCAGCAGCGACGGCUUGGCCACACGGAGGAAGAGUGUGAGAUUUAUGGGCAGCGACGCGGUUUGGCCGCGGAGCUGCUGACGACGCAUGCAACGCCCGACCAGGUGCGGGAUCUGUACGAACUGGUGCUGAUCGUGCGCAUUGCGCUGCUGCGCCACCUGACGCCGGAUCUCUAUGCGCAGAUCCGACGCAUGGAGUCCCACACGGCGGCGCGGCGCGAAAACGCGACGCUCUGGCAGCACUACGAGCAGAAGGUGGUGCGACGGCUGCGCGAUGACUGGCAGCUGCAGCAGCUGGAGGCGGCGGAGCUGCACGAGAUCUGCGGCAUCUUGGACGUGAACUGCUUUGAGAUUGGACAGCAUGGCGCCAAGGCGCGCACGCUCUAUCCGAGCGCGUUCCUGCUCGCCCACGACUGCAGCCCCAACACGGCACACACGGACGAUCCACUCAGCUAUGCCAUCCUGUUGCGCACAUCGCGCGCCGUACGCGAACAGGAGACUCUCACGCUCAGCUAUGCGUACACGCUGCAGGGCACCUUGAAGCGGCGCUCCUUCAUCCAGGGCGGCAAACUGUUUUGGUGCCGGUGCCGGCGCUGCGCCGAUCCCCGGGAGCUGGGCAGCGACUGCAGCGCUCUCGUCUGCAGGUCCUGUCAGCUGGGCAGCAUACGAGCCAUCGAUCCGCUGGACCAGAGCGCCGACUGGGCCUGCGAUCGCUGCGCUCAUCGUCUCAGCGCUGUCCAGCUGGAGCGUCUCCUGGAUCGCAUCAAUGACGAUCUGGAGUCCAUCGAUGUGCACGACAUUCCCGCACUGGAAAACUUUCUGGCACGGUACCGCGAGGUGCUGCGUCCGAAUCAUUAUCUGCUGCUGUCGGCCAAGUACUCGCUGUGCCAGACCUAUGGCCGGAUCGAGGGCUAUCUGCUGCCGGAGUUGUCGCCGCAGGAUAUUGCGCGCAAGGAGCGCUAUUGUCGCGAAUUUCUGGCCGUCAUCGAUCUACUGGAGCCGGGUCUGACCCGUCUGCGCGGUGUCAUCAUGUACGAGCUGCAUGCUCCGAUUAUGGUGCUCGCCCAGCUGGGCAUGCAGACGGGCCAGAUGUCGCGCCAGGAGUUCCAGAAGCGCAUCAACGAGGUCGUCAAGCUGCUCACGGAGAGCGCACACAUUCUACAGCUGGAACCAGCCGGUUCCAGCGAGCACGAAAUGGGUCGAGCUGCCGCCGAUGCGCUCAUCAAAAUGGGCUGCUAAAACCCAAAGAACUUCCAUCUAUAGAGCUUUGUAUGCCCAUGCAUAUAUUCAUUGUUGUCGUCCAUGUGAACUCGAAUCUCAGACGAGCUGUGCCAAUGAAACUUGCUCCAAGUGCUAGCCAUACCAGCAGCUGGCUAAGAAAUCCAAUUCGUUUGGAUAACUGUACUAUAUGAUACAGUAUAACACUUUAUAACAAGGAACGUAUCCAUCCCACGCUAUGUGCUGGUGUGAAACUGUCUUUUCUUUUUUUUUACUUAACUAACUUAAGGUUGUAUAAUCGAAUAAUAGAAUUAAUUAUUUAUAGAACAGACUUUUAUAUUGUAGAAUCUAAGCUUUAAAACUGUUUGGUAAAACUGUUAUACGCUGUCUCAAUUAAAUGUGGUGUGAAAAGGUUAACUGAA